GUGGCCUCGCCGGUUGUGGGGCGGGGCCGGCGGCGGAAUCCCGGCGCAGUGCGGGAAGCAGAGGAGCUCCAGGAAAACAAUGAAUCUGUUUCUGGAGGUUCUCCUGUUCCUGGCUACGCUCCUCUACUCUUACCUGGAGGCUUUUGUGAAGCUGUUCGUGCCUGUGAGGAGAAAGUCUCUCAGUGGGGAGCUGGUGCUCAUCACGGGCGCUGGCCAUGGCGUCGGGAGAGCGACCGCCUUGGAGUUCGCCAAGCGCCAGAGCAGGCUUGUUCUGUGGGACACCAAUAAGCACGGCGUUGAGGAGACGGCAGCAGAAUGCCAGAAGCUGGGAGCUACUGUUCAAACCUUUGUGGUGGACUGCAGCAAAAGGGAGGAGAUCAACAGCACUGCAGACAAGGUGAAGAAGGAUAUUGGGGAUGUGACUAUCCUGGUGAACAACGCUGGUGUUAUUACAGCUGCCGACUUUCUCUCAACUCAGGACCACCAGAUAGAAAGGAUGUUUGAAGUCAACAUUCUUGGUCACAUGUGGACCGCGAGAGCUUUUCUGCCAGUCAUGAUGAACAACAACUACGGGCACAUUGUCACGGUGGCUUCGGCAGCAGGUCAUCUUGUGACUCCUUUCAUGGUGACUUAUUGCUCAAGCAAGUUUGCUGCAGUUGGAUUUCAUAAAGCUCUGACCGAGGAGCUGUCUGCCCUGGGAAAGGAUGGAAUAAAAACAACGUGUCUUUGUCCGGUUUUUAUAAACACUGGAUUUGUCAAAAACCCCAGUACAAGGCUUGGAAAGAUUUUGGAGGUUGAAGAAGUUGUAGAGGCUCUGAUGGAAGGAAUAGUAACCAACCAGAAAAUGGUUUUUGUUCCACCACAGCUAAACAUUGCUUUGCUUUCUGAAAUGGUCUUUCCAGAACGUGCCCUGAACCUCCUGAAGAAGAUGACCAUUCCAAAGUUUGAUGCAGUCAUUGGGCAGAGAAGCACCCAGUGAAAAGCAAGAAGUGAUUUCCCAGAGGCACCAGUGAAAACAGAACAUGUGCUGAGUAUAGUUCAGCUGGCUUGAUUCAGAUCAGAGCUCAGGCAAGUGCUUCCAGGCCAUUCCCAGGGCUUAUCCCGCACCUGCAGCUGGAACACACCUGCAUAACAGGGAGUGUUAGCAAAGCAGAGAUGCAGCUCUAGAAGGGCUGCUUUGACUGUACAUUCCAUCACUUCUGUCUCGUUGUGCUGAGGCAGACAGGAAUUUCCACAAAGCCUGUGUUUGGGACAGCACAGCUGCCUAGUUGAGUGCAAAGGGAUUGCCUGAGAGCACGUUAAUCUGCACUCAUCCCUGAGCAAAAGCAUCUUGCAAGAAGCAGUUUAUAGAGGAGGUGGGUAGCCUGUUUCAUCUCACUUAUUAAUUUUAAAUUUGAAAA